CGAAUAAAAAGAAAAAAAUAAUGAGUCAUUUGCUUUGAAAUUUUCAGAAAGAACUAUUCGUCAUUUGUACUGAUAGGAGUAAUAAAUUUAAUUAAAGUAUAAGCAAGUAAUAUCUGGAAUUUGUUAUUGAAACUGUAGAAGAAAUGUCCGUUAAUACUGCUCAUGCCAGCAAUGGCGUGCUAAUUCAUGUUGGCGAAUAUAUUUUAUUGCAUAGCGACAAUGUUUACAUGGAUUUCUCUGGACAGGAUAAUCCGGUGUUUAAGGGUUCUAAGCAAGGACGUAUCUAUUUGACUUCGCAUCGUAUGAUUUUCAAUAAUAAGAAAGUAGGGGAUCAUUUGCAGUCGUUUAGCGCUCCGUUUAUCGCUAUGAAAGAUGUUGAACUUGAGCAACCGGUUUUUGGAGCCAAUUAUAUUAAAGGCAAAGUACGCGCUCAACCGAAUGGUAACUUUGUGGGGGAAGUAAAAUUUAAAUUGCACUUUAGGGCGGGCGGUGCUAUUGAAUACGGAAUGGCGUUAUUAAGAGCAGCCAAGACAGCUCAAAGCAAUUUGCGUAAUGAUGGUUAUAAUGAUGACCCCCCCCCGUAUACACCGUCUGGUAAUUGGUAUGAGGCGCCUCCACCAGCUUAUCAGCCGCCUCCUGGUUAUUAUGGCUGGUUGCCGCAACAUGAGGCCUUCAGUGGACCGGCCCCUAAUACUGUUUUUAUGACCGAUAAUCCACCGCCUUAUCCUGGCAUAGGCGCACCCGUCCCAACUUAUACUGCUCCAUCGCAACCAACCUUUGUACCACCAAUGCAUCCUUACAAUCCAACCCAACCUUUGGCUUACAGCUCGCCACCUCCUAGUGAAGGUAGUGGGCCAUGGAACGGUUUUCCAAUGCCAGCUAUGCAACAACAGCAGCAGUCUCAAAAUUCGGUGCCAUUUCAGGCUCAACAACAACAAGAAGAGAUGCCGGAAUGGAACGGGUUUUCAUUGCCGCCAAAUGAGGAAGGUGCCUAUCGUCCAACACAUGCACGUGAGCAACAAUCUUCCGUUGCGCAUGGUUCCACAGGUUGUGGAGGUGGGUAUCAACAAGUAGCUAUGGGCUCACCAUAUAAUAUGAAUCAGCUAGCUACUACUGGUUGCCCACCAUAUCCUUCCAAUCAGUCUGAUAUGGUUCCUCCAUAUCCACCAUAUCCUCCUUAUCCACAACAAAAUGCACCACCAGCCUAUGCUAUGGGGUUCUUUGGUCCGCCACACCAUACUAAAGAAGCUGAAGCUUUGGCUGCUGCUUAUAAUACCACUGAAAAUCAACGCUUCUAUAGGCCUCAUAGAAAUGAUACUUUACCGCCAGCUUACGAAGAUUUAUCACGCAGCUACGCUGACAGCAAGCGAAAGAAUGAAUAAAUGAAGAAAAAUAUAUACUGUGGAAUACGCUAAUAACCAAAUCUUCUAAAUAUUAAUAUUAAUGUAUUAUAUAUUUUUUGUUCAAAAAUAAUUUACUAAAAUAACUGCAUUAAAUAUUUAUGAUUUAUUAUACGAAUAAUUUCUUUGUAGCUCUUCAGUAAAUGAAGAGUAUCGCUAUGAAUACAUAUUUAAAAAAUACAUAGCACAGCGUAUCACAUAUAUAAAAAAAUGUAUGAAUGGGUCACAACGAUUUACAUUGCAUUGGUUAUUCUACAUACCAAUUAAUUAUUAUUACUAUUCACGCUUAUAUAAA